CCACACCUGUGCGGAGUCCCGGGGCGGAGGGCUUCGAGCUCAGGGCCGGCAGGGCGGCGCACGGCACCCUCGAGUCGAGUCCCGGCUCCAGGCCCCGGGGCGGGGCGGCCUCCCGGCGGGAACUUGGGCCCGGGCCCCAGGCGCGGGGCGCGCGGAAACCCCUGCGGUCGCCGCGGGGGUGGGGGCUCCGGGAAGGAAGGACUGUCUGGCCCGGCUUUCCUUUCUCCUCUUCCUUAAUCAAAAAGACAUGGCUCUGAAAGGACAAGAAGAUUAUAUUUAUCUUUUCAAGGAUUCAGCACAUCCAGUGGAUUUUCUGGAUGCAUUCCGAACAUUUUACUUGGAUGGAUUAUUUACUGAUAUUACCCUUCAGUGUCCUUCAGGCAUAAUCUUCCAUUGUCACCGUGCUGUUUUAGCCGCUUGCAGCAAUUAUUUUAAGGCAAUGUUCACAGCUGACAUGAAAGAAAAAUUUAAGAAUAAAAUAAAAAUCUCUGGCAUCCACCAUGAUAUUUUGGAAGGCCUUGUAAAUUAUGCAUAUACGUCCCAAAUUGAAAUAACUAAAAGAAAUGUUCAGAGUCUGCUUGAAGCAGCAGAUCUGCUACAGUUCCUUUCAGUAAAGAAAGCUUGUGAGCAAUUUUUGGUAAGGCACUUGGAUAUUGAUAAUUGUAUUGGAAUGCACUCCUUUGCAGAAUUUCAUGUUUGUCCAGAACUAGAAAAGGAAUCUCGAAGAAUUCUAUGUUCAAGGUUUAAGGAAGUAUGGCAACAAGAAGAAUUUCUGGAAAUCAGCCUUGAAAAGUUUCUCUUUAUCUUGUCCAGGAAGAAUCUCAGUGUUUGGAAAGAAGAAGCUAUCAUCGAGCCAGUUAUUAAGUGGACAGCUCAUGAUGUAGAAAAUCGAAUUGAAUGUCUGUAUAAUCUACUAAGCUACAUAAACAUAGAUAUAGAUCCAGUGUAUUUAAAAACAGCUUUAGGCCUUCAAAGAAGCUGCCUACUAACUGAAAAUAAGAUACGAUCUCUAAUAUACAAUGCUUUGAAUCCCAUGCAUAAAGAGAUUUCCCAGAGGUCCACAGCCACGAUGUACAUCAUUGGAGGCUAUUACUGGCAUCCUUUAUCAGAGGUUCACAUAUGGGAUCCUAUGACAAAUGUCUGGAUUCAGGGAGCAGAAAUACCAGAUUAUACUAGGGAGAGCUAUGGUGUUACAUGUUUGGGGCCCAACAUUUAUGUAACCGGAGGUUAUAGGACAGAUAACAUAGAAGCCCUUGACACAGUUUGGAUCUAUAACAGUGAAAGUGAUGAAUGGACAGAAGGUUUGCCAAUGCUCAAUGCUAGGUAUUACCACUGUGCAGUCACCUUGGGUGGCUGUGUCUAUGCUUUAGGUGGUUACAGAAAAGGAGCUCCAGCAGAAGAGGCUGAGUUCUAUGAUCCGUUAAAAGAGAAAUGGAUUCCUAUUGCAAACAUGAUUAAAGGUGUGGGAAAUGCUACAGCCUGUGUUUUACAUGAAGUUAUCUAUGUUAUUGGCGGUCACUGUGGCUACCGAGGAAGCUGUACCUAUGACAAAGUCCAGAGCUACAAUUCGGAUAUCAACGAGUGGAGCCUCAUCACCUCCAGCCCACAUCCAGAAUAUGGAUUAUGUUCCGUUCCUUUUGAAAACAAGCUCUAUCUUGUUGGUGGACAAACUACAAUCACGGAAUGCUACGACCCUGAACAAAAUGAAUGGAGAGAGAUUGCUCCCAUGAUGGAACGGAGGAUGGAGUGUGGUGCUGUGAUCAUGAAUGGAUGUAUUUAUGUCACUGGGGGAUAUUCCUACUCAAAAGGAACAUAUCUUCAGAGCAUUGAGAAAUAUGAUCCAGAUCUGAAUAAGUGGGAAAUAGUGGGUAAUCUUCCAAGUGCCAUGCGGUCCCAUGGAUGUGUUUGUGUAUAUAACAUCUGAUUGAAUCCGUAGAAAUGACCGAGUAAUCACUGUUUGGAUGAUGUAGUAAAUAGGAAUGUGGGAUUUGGAGUUUGGAGUCCCUUACUUGUUACUGUGCCUGGCAGGUAAUAGGUAAAUUCUACCCACAUUUUAAUCCCAAUUUCAAUGAUUAAUUGUUAAGAAAAAUCUUACAUAUUUUUACAUCUGAAUCAGUGGGGUGAACACCUAUAGUCUCUGCUUUUCAAAGAUAACGUCAGAUGUUGGACACUUUGUAAAAGGUAAAAUACCUGUGUAAUGAAUUUUUUCUCCUGGUAGCAUCAACACUGGGUGUAGGUCAGUGCCAUUCUCUGGAAUGAAGUUUCUCUUUUGACCCUGCAGUGUGAUAGGGUACUUAAGUUUCUGCUUAGCUAGCAGGUAUUUGAAAUUUAAGGAGGGAAUCUUCUCUACCUCUACAAAGUCAACCUUAAAAUGUUUUCACUUUUAGACUUAUUUAGAAUGUAACCUUAAAAAUAAGUCUUUUUUUCCCUUUGUAUUGUAUAUAAUUGAUUGUUAUUUUUUUAAUUUACUGACUACCAGAGAGAUAGACAAGAUACUGUGCAAAAGAUUAUUACUGUUCAGAGUUUACAAACUAAAUUUAAAAGAAUAGCAAGUCGGAAAAUUUGCAGAGAAAAUGGUCAAACAUUUGCUGAUGCUAAGAGCUGUUUAAUUUUGUGCUUUGAUGUAAAUUGAUAGUUUAGAUGUCUUUAAGCAUGUUAGAAAAUGCUCUUUAUUCUUAGCUAUAGGUACAUGUCUGCACAUAAAGAUGAAUUUUAGAGCCAAAAAGCAUGUAGAACAGUUGUAAUAUCAUAGAAAACACUAUGAUGAAAAGAAAUUUGCAUCCAUUUCUUAGCUUAGCCACUAAAUAGAUUUUGUGACUUUGAGAUCAUUGACCUCUCCUUGUUUUGAGCUUCUCAGUGCAUACACACUGGCACAUGGGGUCUAAAUCUGCCUACAUAUGAGUUCCCAUAACCCUUGGGACAGCCACAGGUGGUGUAGGUAGCUGGACCUUCUGAGGCAGAAACACCUUUGUCCGUUUUCUCCAGUAUGCCUAAUGUUUCUUUACAUGUUUGCCAUUACUUGAGAAAAGUUGGGAAGCAUUAAAUAACUUACGUAAACCUUUAGUAAUCUACAAGACCAUUUAUUUACAUCCUUCAUUUUUUUAAAGAGAUAACAUUUAUUUUUAAUCUCAAAUACUAAAGUUUAAAAACUACCAUGGUUUUCUGAUUUCUUUUUUAAUUUUAGAAACUUUAUUCAUUUCAGUGACAUCUUACAUAGACACAACCCUUUGAGAAUGCAAUAUGGUACUACAUGGAGCCAUAAAAAUGACCAUAUCUUUGCCCCAUAAGUUCUGUUAGCUUUGUAAUCUAAAGAAUAACAAAAGCAAAACAAAAAAAAAUUAAAGGCAAAUGCAUGAGGAUGUUUAUGUCUGCAUUAUUUAUAAUAGCAAAAACUUGGGAAUAAUCUCUGGGUCAAAGAAAGUGAGUGGUAAAAAUAGUGAUGUUUGUAUUGCCAUUAAAAUAAUUAUUUGGAAGAUUGUAUAGAAACAUGGAUCUAUCUGUUAAUUGGUAAGUAGAAUAAAAACAACACAAAAUAGUGUGUACACUAUGAUUGUGGCUUUGUAAAAUCUUUAUGCAUGUAGAAGGUAAUAUGCAAAACUGAAAUUCAUUGUAUUGGUAUAGGGGAGUAUGGAAUGAUUUUUAAUUUAUUUAAAUGUUUUUCUUUAAUAUUUGUAUUUUCAGUAAUAAAUCAU